GUCUAGUUUCCAUACUUUGUUUUGUCAGUAUAAUAAUGUGGUGUGAGUUUUGUGAGGAAUUAUCUAAUAAUAUCUCAAAAUAAUCUGCUUUUUCCUUUUGAUGUCAAGUGUCUGCCUCUGUGUUGUUAGUGGUGGAACUAACUUUACAAUGAAGCGGAAAGGGAUAAACAUAUGGGAAGUAGUUCUUGGGGACCGAUUUCACCAGCAUUUUUUUUGAAGAAACAUCGUAUUGCCCAAUGGGAACCUCACUGAUCAGAUCUACGUAAUUGUAAUCUACAUCAUUUAUUUUGUAGGCUUAUUGCCUAACUCCUCAGUAUGUACCAAAUAGUACAGGGGACUGUAGGGGAUCUGUACCCUGGGCCCUUCCGUAAGCCCCCUAAGCAGAAGAAAUGGGGUCGACAAGGCCGUCCAAUGUUACUUGCAAUAACCCUGGGCGUGGUGCUAGUGAUGGCAGCCAUAGUAGCAUGGUGCUACUACAGUGCUUCUCUGCGCCGAGCAGAGAUCCUCAAAACAGAACUACUGGACCUUAAAUCAGAUGGGUUCAUCAUCCGCAAUCAAGUGAAUGAGGUCAUCUUCAGAAUGUUUUUCAGGUCGGGAUCUCUUGAUCUGGACUCCUGCUCCAAAGAGGGUGGAAUCCUUCGCUGUGACCAGUCAGGCACAGGGAAACUGAACUUCUUCAUUCAAACCGUCAGGCCAAAGGACACGGUGAUGUGCUACCGAGUGCGCUGGGAGGAGCUGGAGGAGGGCCGCUCCGUGGAGCAUGCCAUGUCUUACAACGGCUCGCACUGGUAUGGGGGCGCGGAGCAAGCCAUCCAGCACUGGCCCAUGUCUGUGGAAGGGCAGCAACCGCCCAAGCCGUUCAUCACCGGAGACGUUUACUCAAACCGCCAGGACUUUGGUAGCAUUCUCGAGCGGUACUGGCUCUCGGCCAACGCCACAGCCAUUAAGAUUAAUGACUCUGUGCCUUUUCACCUUGGCUGGGAUGAUGAGGAGAAGGUUCUUCGCUUCCAGGCACGGUAUAAUGACAGCCCUUACAAACCACUGCCCGGACAGGCACCGCUCGCUGAGCUAAGCUAUCGCGUGUGUGUUGGUCGUGACGUGACCUCCAUACACAAGUACAUGGUCCGGCGUUACUUCAACAAACCCAGCAAGGUUCCGUCCGAGGCGAUGUUCCGCCAGCCAAUUUGGUCCACGUGGGCGUUGCAUAAGACUGCAGUGGACCGGGAAAAGCUGCUAAAGUAUGCGUCAGACAUCCAGAAGCACGGCUUCAACUGUAGCCUCCUGGAACUUGAUGACCGUUACACCAGCGAUUAUGGGGAGUUCACGUUUGACCCUGUGAAGUUUCCCAACGUGUCCACCAUGUUUCAGAGUCUGAAGGAUGACGGUUUCCUAGUUUCUCUGUGGAUCCAUCCCUUCGUUAACUACGAUUCCGCCAACUUUGGCGUUGGAGUGGAGAGCGAGCUGUUUGUCCGAGAACCCAGCGGACAGCUUCCUGCCUUGGUCCGCUGGUGGAACGGUAUCGGGAGCAUCCUGGACUUUACCAAUCCAGAUGCUCGUGAAUGGUUUGCCUCACAUCUGCGUGCCCUUAAGACAGAGUAUGGAAUCACCUCAUUUAAUUUUGAUGCAGGGGAAACCAGCUACCUACCAAAGCAGUUUAGCACCUAUGCCCCUAUGCAUGACCCUAGCACCUUUACGCGCCGCUACACAGAGAUGGCCAUUCCCUUCAAUGACCGGGCUGUGGUUCGCUCCGGCUACCAGUCCCAGAACAUCUCCUGUUUCUUCAGGCUUUUUGAUCGGGACUCUGUGUGGGGUUAUGACCUUGGUCUCAAAUCAAUCAUCCCUACUGUCUUGACCAUUAGCAUCCUGGGCUAUCAGUUCAUUUUGCCAGACAUGAUUGGUGGUAAUGCUUUCCCGAACCGUACUCUGGGGUCCACAGGCCUGCCAGACCGGGAGCUGUACAUCCGCUGGCUAGAGCUCUCCGCCUUCAUGCCAGCCAUGCAGUUCUCCAUUCCACCCUGGGCGUAUGACGAGGAGGUGGUGGAGAUUGCUCGAAAGUUCACCGCCCUGCACGAAACCCUGGUGGCUCCGCGAGUGCUGGAGCUUGCUGGAGAGGUGCUGGACACCGGAGACCCCAUCAUCCGCCCUCUCUGGUGGAUUUCCUGGGAGGAUGAGGCAGCACACAAGAUAGACUCACAGUUCCUCAUUGGGGACGAUCUAAUGGUGGCACCUGUUCUGGAGCCGGGCAAACAGGAGAGAGAUAUCUACCUUCCCGCUGGCAGAUGGAGAAGCUACAAGGGGGAGCAUUUUGACAAAGGACCCAUCCAUCUUACUGACUACCCCGUAGAUCUGGAUGAAAUUGCAUAUUUUGUGUGGACAGGCUAAGGGCUCAGGGAAACGAUGCAUUAAAUACUGUAUAAUGGUUUUCUUGCCUAUCAUAGGUGCAUUCCAUAAUAAUGUGAACGGUAAUGCCUUUCAUUGUUGUCUUGCCAUUCUGUGAUUUAUUCCAUCAACAUCAGUUAAGCCAGUCCUUUGUUUGUGAUAACACUCCUUUCAAACUAUAUGGUGAUUUCUUUUUACAUCCCUUGUUAAUUUCUUAAAAAAUGUAGGCCUGAUCACUGGGAUACAUACAAGUGAGGAAAGCUACAUUUAAGGUAUACUUAUUGAGCUUAACUGGAAAAGAUGAAUGUGGUGAGGAAGAACAAGAAACUGCCAAGUAGAUGCCGUCACUAUAUUGUUUGCCUCUUGUUUGCUGUUGUUCCAUAAAUGUUAGCUCAGCAACAAAAAUGGUGUUGAAUAGUUUUAGACAGGUAGAAUUUAUGAGGGAACUAAAUUGAAGUUAUUGUGCCAUCAUUUUUCAGACAUUAUGGACCUAGCGGUUUUUUCUUCUAUUGUGAUUAAUGGAUAUAAUAUUCUGCUGAAGUUUGUAAAUACCUCAUUGCAUGUUAAUCUUAAUUCAGCUUUACCUUGUCUCUGAAUUUACCUACAAAACACUCUUCUUUUGACCAUUUAAUUUAUUAUCUUUUUUAAUGCUGAAAGUCAUCUUUAAAUGUACCAGUAGCAACUGCAUUGCUACCAAAGUAAUGUCUAACAUAGUUCGAUGUCAGUGUAAACGUCCUAUUUAUGUUGAAAUGAAACUUGCCAAGCAGCACUCCUGAGCCUCUAUAAGGUUUCUAUGAGCCUUUGUGUCCAUUUAUAGUUCCAUACUGACCUUUUGCUUUUACUGACUCAAUACACUACACCUGGGAUGACAGGAAAGAAAGGGAAUUACAUUUUUUUAUACAUUUUGGGUUUCCUUGGUAUUGUCUUUUGGGUAAAGAAUUUGCACUGGGAAAAAGAUAGUCCAAGAACUGUGAGGUAUAGGACUGGUUUUAUGUUCUGUUCAUUCUGCAUAUCUCAUUUUACGGUACACAUAGUCCAAAGCAAAGAUGACUUGUUUUAACGCAUGAUCUAAAAGUGUUGAUUGUAUAUUUUGGAUAAAACUGCCAUUAGGAUUUGAGUACAUGAAGACUUAUGCACUUGACAAGUUUAAUGAUCAAAUUAAGUUAAUACAUACUUAUUCUUGCCAAACGAAAGUAAAAUAAGAGUAUAAUAUUUCAGUGUGAUGUUGGUGUCAUGGGACCACACUGGAAAGUAGUUCUCUCAAUCUGCUAUUGCCUUUGUAAAAUGCUGUGCUCUGUUUAACAGGUGAAAAUUGAAUAUGUACUGGAGUGUGCACUAACUAUAAUUGAGAUAAAACUGUAGCACAUUUUUGCACCUUUUUCACGGCUUCUCUCUAUGUAAAAAGACAACAGUACAACAGUAGGUGUGUCUGUAUCAAUCUGAUAUGCAUAUGGAGGUCUGAAUUAAAGCAAUGUGAAAGAAUUAACUAACCUCUGCGCACAAUUGAUCCAGGGCCAUUCUUGUCUUACAAUGAUUAUAUUUUCUUAUGGUAGGAGAAAGAAGGGAUUUUGCUGUAAUUUAAUGUUUGUCUUAAUCCAGUCAAUAAAUGAUCCUUUGUUAUAACUCAAAAA